AUGUUGAGGGUUAUUCUGAUCCGUAUUCCUGAUAGUAAAUUUGCAACCAAAAUAGAAAACUUUCCUAUUCUUAACUUUGAUGUUGAUACAUAUCAAGAUCAAAAUAGUAAAAACGAAAAUGAAGAUUAUGAUCUGAAUAAUGCAAUGGAAGAAAUUACAUCAUCUGAGUUUGAUGAAGAGGUUGAAGAAAUUAUAUUAGAUCAAACU